AUGGGAAGUGGAAUGCUAAUGACAAUGGUUAUAGCAGUAGCUUUCUUCAUGAUCGGUUCCGACAACGUCCGCGUGGCGACAGCUCAGGUAUGUGGAGCUAACUUGUCGGGACUGAUGAAUGAGUAUCAACGGUACGUCAGCAACGCCGGACCAAAUUCUCCGCCACCGUCUCGCUCUUGUUGUGCUCUGAUCCGUCCAAUCGACGUACCUUGUGCUUGCCGUUACGUUUCAAGAGAUGUUACGAACUAUAUUGAUAUGGACAAAGUGGUUUACGUUGCUCGCUCUUGCGGCAAGAAGAUUCCCUCCGGUUAUAAAUGUGGAAGUUACACCAUUCCGGCUGCUUAA